UGGAGCCACCUGAAAUCACAAAUGUAGUAACUUUGUAUAAUGUAAAGUAUUACAAUGACACUAAUUUUAAAUAACAUUUUCAGCUUCCUGCUACUGCGACUGAGUGGAGAAUAAUUAGUCGGCAUUUCGAGGAACUGUGGAAUUUCCCACACUGCAUUGGUACUAUUGAUGGGAAACACGUAACAAUUCAGUCACCAAUCAACAGUGGAUCCGAAUUCUUCAAUUAUAAGAAAUACUUCAGUAUUGUACUCAUGGCGCUGGUUGACGCUGAGUAUUGUUUUAUGUUCGCUGAUUGUGGCUGUCAAGGAAGACUGAGUGAUGGUGCAGUUUUUAAAAACACUGUACUCUACAACAAAAUAAAAAGUAAGAGUUUGAAUUUACCUAACGAUGAGCCGCUACCAGGGAGACAAAAACUGAUGCCGUAUGUAUUUCUUGGUGAUGAUGCAUUUGCUUUAAGUAAGCGACUCAUGAAGCCAUUUCCAGGUAGCCAUGAACAAGGUAGCAAACCCCGCAUUUUUAAUUACCGUCUAUCACGAGCCCGAAGAAUAGUAGAGAAUACGUUCGGAAUAAUGGCUAGUGUUUUCCGUGUACUAAGGAAGCCAAUGCUACUACAACCUGACAAAGUGGCACUAGUUACUAUGACCUGUGUUAUUCUGCAUAAUUUUUUAAGAAGAAGCAGGACAUCACGAUCGAUGUACACUCCAGCGGGAACCUUUGAUUCUGAAGAUAAUGGUAUGGUUACAGGAGGGUCGUGGAGGGAAGAUACCGCUGAUAUGACAUCUAUGUUACCUCUACAGAAAGUGCCUAGGAAGCCAGGUACCGCAGCAAAGGAAUACAGAGAAGAGUUUGCUGAAUACUUUAUGAACAAUGGAAAAAUCCCCUGGCAAAAUGACUACAGUUAAAUACAUGUGUACCCUGUACCAUUGAUUUUAAUAAAUAAAUAUAAAUAUUUUACCUCUGAA